AGCUGACAAUUAACCAACCAGCUGAUAUUUUAACCAACAUUCACCGAGUUUAAUUCGGUUUUUCAGUUAAUGGGAAAGCCUUUUAAUCUCAGGUAAAAUAUUCUAAUUUUGGUUUUUGUCUCAAAUUAAGUGAAACUUCCUUCAGAAGUCAACAACUUUUGAGAGUUGUUAAUUUGAUUGUUCGUACACAUCAUAAUCAUGGAGAUUUCUGUCGAAGGUAAAAAAGUGCUGGUAACCGGAGCUUCCAGAGGAAUCGGUCGAGCGGUAACAGAGACUUUGGUCAAAGCGGGAGCAUCUAAAGUCUAUGCUGUUUGUAUUCUGAAAGACGAAUUGGAUAAACUAGCAAGUGAAGUUAACAAUGUCCAUCCAAUUCAUCUCGAUUUAAGUGAUUGGUCAGCUACCGAAGAGACUUUGAGUAAACUCGAGCCCGUUGAUUGUUUAGUUAAUAAUGCUGGUGUCCUUUGGCCAACAGAACCUGGAUCGAUAAAGGAAUCGGAUUAUGACAAAAUAUUUGACGUCAAUGUGAAAGCUUUGAUUAAUGUUACCCAAAUCAUUUCGACAAAAAUGAUCAACUCAGGAGUUAAAGGUUCAAUCGUAAAUUUGUCCAGUAUAGCGGCAAAAAAAUCUCAUCCAAAAUAUUUAAUUUAUUGUACAUCAAAAGCAACGGUUGACCAUAUAACCCAUAAUUUUGCUCUUCAAUUGGCACCAAAAGGAAUACGUGUCAACGCUGUUAACCCUUCGAUCGUUAAUACUCCCAUGGCUGUGGCUUUGCAAAUGAGCCAAGAAGAGGCAGAAGAGUUCAGGAAGGCAAUACCAUUGGGACGAUUCAUUGAAAAAGAAGAAGUGGCAAAAGUGAUCCUCUUCAUGCUAAGCGAUUGGUCCUCAAUGAUUAACGGUGUAACUUUGCCAAUUGAUGGAGGACUAAUACUGUAAUCAUGCUGGUAGAAAAGGUUAAGUUAACUAGAAAAUCGCAAGAAAUCAGAUAAAUAAACCAUUUUGAUUUCAAUUAUGAUCAAUAAUCUUUUUUUGUUAACGUUUUCUGUAUCAAUAUGACCGAGGAAAGAAACAAAAAUCAAUAAAUUUUCCUCUUUUGUUCUUGGGGUUUCAUUAAUGAGAUUUAAAUAUUUUUGA